AAUAGGAUUAUGAACACGUAUUUACGUGUAGUAUCUAUGCUUGAAGUAAAACUGGUUAAGGACACGUCACGGCUGAGAAAGUUUAGCAUUAUUGCAAUACACAGUCGGUAUUAAAAUUGUAUUUCCAAUACAUGUGCUCAUUAGAUAAAUCCUCAAUAUCUAUGUGAAAAUAAGGGAUGCGUUUUGUAUGAUUGCAACACUGUGAGUUUCCCUAAUUAGUGACAAUUGACGACUGAAACAAUAGGAAUUCGUACGUGACUUGGAUAGACAAAACGACAGCGAGAUGCUUGAAGGAAAAGAGAUUUCAUCAAGCCAGUGUGUAAUGCCGCAGAAUGAAAAGAGGGAAAAGUACCAGUUCGCAUCAACAUUCAGCUCCUAUCUUACUCAGCUUGGAAUUUCUCUUGGAAUGUCCGACAUUUGGAGGUUUCCAUUUCUGACAUAUAGAAAUGGCGGAGGUGCUUUUCUUAUUCCGUUUGUGAUCAUGAUUGUUGUGUGUGGAAUUCCAAUGUAUUUCCUUGAGUUUUCAAUUGGAAAAUUUUCCGGGCGCGGUCCGUACCAGGUCUGGGAUAUCAGUCCAUUAUUUAGAGGUGUUGGUAUCACAAUAAACCUGGCCUGUGGUGUCUACGUGAUUUCCGCAACUAUAUUCCGUUGUUGGAUUCUGCAGUUUAUAGUAUAUGCUUUCCAAGAUCCCUUACCAUGGAGUCACUGUGGCAACGAUUGGAAUACACAUGCCUGUGAAGGCAAAAAGAAUACAAGUACGGAAUUACCAGCUUAUUGGAACCUCACACACGAAAAUGGGACGUUAGAAGCAAACAGAUCAGCUCCAACAAAAAUGUUGUAUAUGAGUGCAGGAGAAGAAUUUUGGCAGUACAAGGUUCUACAACUGUCUACAGGAAUAUGGGAUUUGUCACCUGUCAUUUGGCGUUACUUUCUUUUCUUGUUCAUUCUUAGAACUGCAGUCUGUCUAUGCACAAUAAAAAGUAUCAAGUCUAUUGAGAAGGUGAUUUACGUGACAGCAACAUUCCCCGUUAUUAUGUCGGUGGCAAUCUUCAUACGUUCCGUUAUGUUACCCGGAUAUCAGGAUGGCCUAUACUAUUUCUUCUAUCCUAAGUUUGAUAAACUUCUAGACGCUCGGGUAUGGAUAGAAGCAACUUUAAUGGCAUUCUAUACGUUGUCAUUUGGAUGGGGAGUCGUUGUAUUGCUCGGAUCACAUGCAGACUUUAAGGAAAAUUGCCUAAGAACUGCUGUUAUAAUACCAAUCAUUGACAUGAGUAUGGCUGUUUUCAAUGGAAUGGUUUGCUUUUGUGUACUUGGAAAUAUGGCGCAUGCGUACAAUGUCCAUAUUACAGAGGUUAUCAAUGCAGGUAUGGCAACGGGAAUGGUAGCUUACGUCACAGCUUUGUCUUCUUUCCCUGUUCCACAGCUUUGGUCUGUGUUGUUCUUGGUGUCCGUGCUUUUUACAGGUAUCGACUCACAGAUGCUUCUGCUAGAAAUGAUAAUGCAGUUCAUAGGAGAUGUUUUCCCCAGGGUGAAGUCGGGUUACAGGGUUAGGGCCCUCAUUGUAAUAUCGAGUUUAAUGUUUCUACUUGCAUUACCUACAUGCACAGGGAGCGGCGGGUAUUUGUUUCUGUGGCUAGACUGGUACAAUGGGGCGUGGGUUGGACCAAUUGUUGCCUUUAUAGAAGUGUUCAUUGUUGCCUGGAUAUAUGGACUGGACCGAUUUAAUGACGACGUAUAUUUGAUGGUAGGAAAACCUAUUCCAGGAAUUCUGAGAUUUGGACUCGCAUUUGUGUCCCCAAUCGUUGUUGCGGUAGCAUUCUUCACAAGUUUGGUAGAAUAUGUACCGCCUAGGUACGGCUCAUACUCCUAUCCUACAUUAGCAAGAAUCCUGGGCUGGGUGCUGGUUGUUUUUAUCAUGACGCCUAUCAUAGGACAAGCUGUCUAUAUUGUACGGAAAACGGAAGGCCCUUUUAGGAAGAAAAUGGCUGGCCUCCUUAAGCCAUUAAAUACAUGGGGACCACACGAAGAAGCGCAUGAAGCAAAGUAUCAAUCAAAGAAAUCAAAAUACAGUAACAGGACAUUUCAGGAUUUGUUUUAUUACAACUUGUUUGGGAAAUACAGACAGUCCUCCGCUAUGAAUGUUGUUUUUGCUCAAGAAUUGGACAAUCUGAAGACAUAACGAACAGAAUGAAUAUACUUGCAUACUAAAUAAAAUGAAUUCGGUUUA